CUAGCCGACGUCUCACUCCCAUUUCAUUUCAGAUCUCACACUUCUUUCUUCCGUCCGCUGCUUCCUCAGUCUCUCUGUCUCCCUCUCUCUGUCUCCCUCUCCCUCUCCUUCCUCUCUUCCUCCAAAUCACUUUCUCCCUAGUCUUCUCAUGUCCUCCUCACGGAUUCCUUCUUCCAAAUCAUGAUUUUCGCUCGCCCCUUUCGAGACCCGACGAAAAGAGGAACUGUUAGAGCUUGAGAUGAUCAUGGCGAUUUUGCUGCAGCAAAGAAUUCAGACAUGGGUAAAGAGGAAAGUCCGAAAACCACAAGGAGAACAACCAGAUCCUCCGCUUUAGCUACCCCUUCAAAGAAUGUAGUUGAAGAAACUAAAGCAAGUAGUUCGCACCCGCCAACUCUCAGUGACCUAGUAUUGGGUGAAAAAGGAGAAUCCUUUAGUGCCGAUGAUCUUUUGUCUAGUUUUCCUGGAAGACGUAAUCAAAUAUUGGAGCUUCUGCGCCUUCUGGGUCCACAGAACUCUCCCAUGUUUCCUGUCUUUGUGUAUGGAGGCACUUCUACCGGGAAAACCAGUAUUGUUGUAGAGACAUUUAGGCAUCUUAAGCGCCCUUUAGUUUAUUCAAGCUGCCUUACCUGUUAUAAUCCUCGAAUCUUGUUUGAAUCCGUUCUGAACCAACUAUUUCUUCACCGAAAGAAUGCAGCAAAUGGUUAUUCUAGUGCAAAGCGCUGUGAAAGCCCAUCUGAUUUUGUUAAUUUUCUUCGCGAUGCCUUGGUCAGCAUUCUGGUUAAUACUAAGGGAAACUCGGGGAAAGUAACCUCCAAAAGGUCAGGAAAGUCUAAUGGAAAUAUGAUCUACUUGGUCUUUGACAAUUUGGAGCGUCUUAGAGGAUGGGAAGGUUCCACUAUAUUACCUUUACUAUUUAAUCUCUAUGACAUUUUGAAAAUGCCUGAGGUCGGUCUUAUCUUUAUCAGCAGUGCCUCGCCAGAUACAUAUUACUCAAAUAUGGGCUAUGUGGAGCCUAUCCCUCUAUAUCUUCCUGAUUAUACACAAGAUGAUCUGCAGAAAAUCUUCAUGAGAAACCAGGCAAACAAAAAGCUUUACUCCUCUUUUCUCAGUGUUGUGCUAAGGCCCUUCUGUAGAAUUACCAGACGGGUGGACGAGCUUUCUUCUGCCUUUUCACCAUUAUUCACAAAAUAUUGUGAACCCAUCACUGAUCUGAAUGUUGUUCCCAAUAAAGAGACGAACCAAAGGCUGUACAAUUUUUUUCGUCCCCAUAUUGCUCCUGCACUGAAUGAGACAUUUAAGGUUUCGUCGCAGCAAUCCCCCGAAGUUGAAGUUAAGGAGAGAAAAGGAAAGGGGGGCACAAGGAAAUCCAGAGAUUUUGAAGUUGAAGAAUUAGAUUUCCAUAUGCCUACUUCCGCCAAAUAUCUUCUUAUUGCAGCAUUCCUUGCUUCAAGAAACCCAGCUACCCUUGAUUCAUCCCUGUUUGAUUCUACAGGAGGUUCUAAUAGUCGAAAACGAAAGAGGAAGCUUUCGGACAAGUCAAUGGAACAGAAGGAAACUGCAGAACAGGAAUUGCUUUUGAAUCCUGGAUCAUUCCCAAUGGAAAGGUUAUUAGCCAUAUUUCAGUGCAUUACAUCUGUAGGAGAAGGUCCUCUUGAUGAGGAGGAACAAGAAGAUGGUGGGUUAGGCAUUCAAGAUGGGAAUGGCGGGCUCAUGUCUGAUGUUCUCUUACAACUGUCCAGUCUCUGCAGUGCUAAUUUUAUUGUCACUGGUGGAAGCUGCCCGCUGGAAGGCUCAACUCGAUAUCGAUCGACAGUGAGUGAAGAUAUGGCUCUUAAGGUAGCAAGGAGUAUUAAGUUUCCUCUCUCAAAGUAUAUAUACAGAUGAUCUGCUUUCGGGUGAGGUAUCUGUGAUACGGUUGCCAAUUUAUUCUUGAGGAUGAAGCAACUUACCUGGUUUUCAACUAUGUUACCCUCCUACUGUGUUGAAUCAUUGAACUCUCCAAAUUCUCUAAUCCUCAUCUUUGUUGAGCAACAUGAAAUGACUGGUAUUGAGUGGAUAUACCGAUUGUCGUGGUCUUUCUGACAGCUGGGAUAACACCAUUGAACAUAAGUUUCAGACAGUAUCUUGGUGCCAAGUUUCUGCAGGAUUGCCAUCUAACAAUUGUAGUAAACCACUUAUCCGUGUUACAUCCUAGUAAGUUGCAGGGCAUGGAAAUGUCGUUUCCUUAUACAAUGUCGAUCACAAUUCUGGAAUUGUUUUCCUAUUUUUGUUUCCUUCCGCUAAAUUUCAACGUAGUUGAUUCUUCCAUUAAGGUUUGGUCAGAUGUAAGUGCUGUUUGCAGAGAAGGGCAGCAACAUUCUCGGCCGAUGCUAAGCUUUAGCCUCACAAUGUGAUACAUCAUUCUAAGCCUAUUGCACGCUCCGAAUCCAAAUCAAAAUUGGAAGAACAAUAAGAGUUAUGGCCCUGCAGAGGGAAUUUUAUAUCACAUUCACAUGGCUCUGCAUUUUACAAAAAAAGUGGUAAGCGAAUAUCUCACAGCUGCAAGAGAUGUACGCAUCAUAGGACAGUGUAUCAAUAGGUCAUAAUUUUAUUAUUUGAUGAAUCAUAUGACAGAAAAAUGUCGACUUUGCCAGAUUGUUCAGUAGGUCUCACUCAAAAUUUCAUCUUAAAUGCAAUUUAGAGCAGGGACGAGUUGAUGAUGCUA